AUGGGGCAGGUCAAGGAGAUCCGCAGAUUCCACAUGUCCCCGAUGAGCCCGCCAGAGGUCUUCCCCAUGACCACCGUCUUCGCGGUGGACAACCCGGCCAUGGACGUCACCAUGCACCUUGGCAGUUUGCAGCGCCUCUCGCCAAUCGAGCCGCAAUUGGCUUUGCUCAUGGGCAUGGCCGACGCGGUGAAGAAGGAGGCGGAGGACAGCGUCCUGUUAAAGUGGAGGCAGGUCGCGCUGUCGGCGCCAGUGACGUUCGAGGUGCAGGCGGAAGGCGACACUCGGCAUUGGCGCGCCCAUAACAUUCAGCAGGAGUGGAUCGAGACAAGGGAUACAGCCCAACUCAGCGUGAGGCAAUGGGUGUACGACAUCGUCGGUUUUAAGGAAGCGAAGGAGAAGGAUAUUGGUAAGACGCUGGGUAGCAAGGAGCUCAGCCAGCUCUACGAGAAGCACAUGAAGUACGCGAAGUCUACACUCCACGUGAAACCGACCUUCGUGGAUAACGCGAUCACCGUCCACAAGCGGCUGUUGUCCCUGGAAGACUCCAACAAGUGCCUUGUCUGGGCGGACGAGAACUUGAUGACCGAUUCCCCGUGGACGAGCCUCUACGCGAUGCAGGCUGUGGUCGAGCGCGCGUCGACUCCCAACAAGAUCGAUUGGGCGAUGAUGGGCCUCACGGACCAUUACCGCAUGGAGUUCAUUGACUUAGGCAAGUUCGGUGUCAACAAGCUCAGGGACUACAGGGAGAGCUACGUCGAGGUCUUGAACUUGAAGCUCGACGUGAAGAACGAGAUGCUGUUCAAAUGGCUUCCGCGCGUUGGCAUCCCAAGCGAUCACGUCACAACCAUACAGCAGAAGAUGGGUACCUUCGCCGCGGUGCGGGCGUACGUCACUGGCUACCCGGGGGAUACAGUCGAUACCACGUGGCAAGCUCUGAUGAAGCAGUCGGCUGUUUCGGCUGUCGCGCUCAUCGAGGAGUUGGUGUACACCAUCGAGUUCGACAGGCGCUACACCAAUGCCAUCCAGUCGAAGCUCGAUGUGGCGGACUUUCUCGCCUACGAGUCGGUCGCCAUGCGUAUGAACGAAACCAUCGAAAUGGCGAAGAGGGAGAACGGGACUGAUGGCGCCGAGGCGGCUGGAGCGGCCGGAGCGGCCGCCUCCUCUGCCGGGGCUGCCGCCGCAGACCCGGGCAGCAACAGCAUGACCUCAGCGGGCGACGCGCCCAAGGAGUUGAAGAAGUUCGCCCAGUUGCAAGAGACGGACAAGCAGAAUUGGAACAGGGUCAUUGACAAGGUCGUUCGGACUUACAUUCAGAUCGUGCCCGACCAGAAAACGCAGGCUGAGCUGGAGAACGUGCUCCGGGACUCCGCGCUCGCCACCAUCAAGGGUGGCCCCACGGGGCUGGUGCUGCACCACUUCGACGCGAAGCAGUUCGGCGAGCCGCAAACCAGGCCUGAGCUGCGCAUUGCGCCCCUCAGGGAGAAGCCGUACGAGCGUCUCGUGCGUUCGAUGUUGAACGCAAGGGCGCCCCAGGGGCAGCCGAGCCAUCUCCGCAAUGGGCAGGUCGCAGUGAUUCUGGACGGCGGGCGGAGGGGCAAUGCGUCCAAGCUGCUCGCGCCGUGGAAGGAGAACACCGUCGAGAAGAAGGAGGCUAAGGGGCGCGGCCGCGGCGGCGAUGAGGCGAUGGAGGCCGACGACGACGAUCAGGACGGCGACGACGACAGCGACAACGAGCAGAGGGCCGGCUUCAAAGCUUCGAUCAUCCAGCUCGCGCACACGGAGGACAGCCUGAAAGCGCGCCGCAACAGGGUGCACGGAGGCACAGGGGGCCUGCACCAGAUAGAGUGGGCGCACAUGGUGGCACACGCGCGCAUUUCGAUCCCUGAGCGGCGCCGCAAGUACUUCGAGGGCAGCACGGCAGGGGAUCUGAUUACUGGCAUCGAGGUCCCAGAGCUUGGCAAAGAAUGGCACGUGCUGUGGAAGGACAAGAAACUUAUGUACGGAAGGAAAAAUCUGAUUGCCGUGGGUGGCAAAACAGAAGGCAUUGAGCCGCUCCAGGAGCGGAAGACCGACGAGACCAUGAUCCCCGUGAAUUCCCACGGCAUGCCGAUGGUCUACUACAAAGAGCUGAUCCACAUGUUCUAUGUUAAAUGCGUGCUGGAUCUGACCCCGACCGAUGCGAAAUUCGCGUGGGUUUGUCUCCAGGAGAGGAUCGCAUACGUCGGGGUGGCAUUCACGAAGGAGCACAUGGAGAAGAUCUACUCCUACCUGACGGACCUCGUGAAGCAGGCGAUGGCGGAUGCCUGGUCCAAGCUGUUCAACAAGGACUACGCGAAAUCUCUUGGCAUGGAGGAGCUCCCUGUCGGGCAUUUCGCCGACGGCAGCGGCGAGCUGCGGUGGCUGCCGACAGCGAGCGAGCUGCGGUGGGAGUCUUCUGGCGCACCACCGCAGCUCGCUGCCGACAGCGAGCUGUGGUAG